CGGCGUAAAGUUUUCAGUCAUCUCUACAAAUUUAUGAACGGAAUUAAAUCUACUUGAUAUCAUCAACAAAAACAUUUCAUCCUGAUCCUGUUCAGUUAUUCUAUCCAACAUCAUUUGAAAAAUUUAAAGAUAUUUUGUGUAACUUAAAGAUGUCGAUCAUCAUUAGACUUCAGAAUUUGCCCUGGUCGGCCAACUCCGUUGACAUCCGGCGGUAUUUCUCCGGACUAUCAAUUCCUGAAGGUGGUGUCCAUAUUGUUGGAGGAGAAAUGGGCGAUGCUUUUAUUGCCUUCAGUACAGAUGAAGACGCUCGUCUUGCCAUGGCCAAAGACGGUGGAAAGAUCAAGGACAUGCAAAUCAAGCUUUUACUGAGCAGCCGCACAGAAAUGAUGCGAGUAAUCGAACAAGCACGUACACAGAAUGUAAUUCCAGUCACACCUGUCUUAGCUCCACCUCCAGCACCAUUUAUGGUUAUGCAACCUCCAGCUAGGGUCCCUCCCCCUGUUGUGGAGACCAACGAUCGCAAGAGAGAGAGAAGUACCAGUCCUCAUCGGCGUGCUCGCGACCGAUCUCCACCAAGAGACCGCUAUCGAAGUCCAGACCGACGAUCAUCUAGAAGAGAUCGGAGCAGAAGUCCCCGCAGUAAUCGUGGUUCUUCUCGAGACACAGACCGCCGCAAUGAUCGCUUUAAAAGAGAUGACAGAAGGUAUGACGAAUCGGUAAGAUACAGGGAUGACUACCGUUCAAAUCGAGAUCAUCCAUCAGAACCGAAAAAAUAUCAAGACGCCGAUCAUGUGAAUAGUCGAUCGCAGCUUCAUGCAACUGAAGGAUUUCGCACAGUAGCCCCAACUCCUUAUGAUGCUGCUCCACCAUCUGUUCCAUCACAGAACUACGCAUACAAUGCAGGGCAUCAGCCUACUGUUUCCAAAGGUUAUCCACCUGAUUCCUUCGCAGUGCCUGCAGCUAAUGCACCGUUAUCUCAUUCUGAUCGCUUGGGUCAUCCAAAGCAAAAUACUGCAAAUGCUGCUGAUCCGCGAAAUCCUCCUGCACCUCAUAUACCUGGAUCACAGCAGCCUUUUGAUGCUUCAUCUUUCGAACAAAUGCCUCCUCCCUCUCAAGGAGAUUCGCAAGCACCACCUGUUGGACGUCGUAGGAAGACUCGAUUCGAACCAGAAUUUGUGCAACCUCCUACAGAGACACGAUUUCCUCAAACUACUGUUUCGUCUGAAGAAUCUAAGGUACAGUAUGCUGAUAAACGAAUGGCAUCACAAGAAUAUGUUUCGGGACCAAGAAACUCAUGGUCCCGGGAAGGUGAAGGACCGACUGAAAAAGCUACAUGGAAUGAAAAACGUCCAGCAUUGUUGCAGGCCCCGAGCGCCAAAAGCGAGGAUUUUGUUCAAGUAGUACCAAUGGAUCUUGAUCCAGUGCCCGAAGGGGAGAGUGAAAUACAGUCUUUCAUGCCGCCAAAAGACGUUCCUCAAACUUCUAGAACUUCUUCAUCAUUUCCAGGAAAUGCUGUGAGAAACGAUAUGCCCGCACCUUAUCCUAGGACUAAUGCAGAAUCAAAAAUUGAAAAUUCUAGAAAUAAUUUGGGACCAAGAUUAGAAACCAAUAAAUAUCCUGAAAACAUCUCUGAUGGUAGAAGUGACGCAUUGAAUGCAUUUCCUAGACCGAAUGUUCCACCUAAAAUUGCUUCAAGUGAUAGGAAUGAAGGACCAGUGCCAUAUCCUAGAGCAAACGCAUCUCCUAGAAAUGAAGAUUCAGAUAGAGGAGUCGAUAGGAGAGGACCUCCUAGAAAUGAUAAUGUAGAUAGAGGAAUUAAUAUGAGAGGACCUCCUAGAAAUGAAGAUUUGGGUAGAGGAACUAAUAUGCGAGGACCUCCUAGAAAUGAAGAUUUUGAUAGAGGAAACAAUAUUAGAGGGCCCCCUAGAAUUGAAGAUACGGAUAGAAGAGCAAAUAUGCGAGGACCUCUUAGAAACGAAGAUAUGGAGAGAGGAACAAGUAUGAGAGGACCUCCGAGAAAUGAUGAUUUGAUUAGAGGAGCUGAUAUGAGAGGACCUUCUAGAAAUGAAGAUGUAGACAAUAGAAUGAAUAUGAGAGGACCUCCUCGAGAUGACGAAAUGGGUAGAGGAACCCCCAUGAGAGCGCCCCCUCGAAAUGAAGAGUUGAACAGAGGAAUGAAUAUGAGAGGACCUCCUCGAAAUGAAGAUAUGGAUAGAGGAACCAAUAUGAGAGGACCUCCUAGAGCCGAAGAUUUGAAUAGAGGAAUGAGAGGUCCUCCUCGAGAUGAAGAUAUGAACAGAGGAAUGAGAGGUCCUCCUCGAGGUGAAGAUUUGAAUAGAGGAAUGAGAGGUCCUCCUCGAGAUGAAGAUUUGAAUAGAGGAAUGAGAGGUCCUCCUCGAGAUGAAGAUUUGAAUAGAGGAAUGAGAGGUCCUCCUCGAGACGAAGAUUUGAGUAGAGGAAUGAGAGGUCCUCGAGAUGAAGAUUUGAAUAGAGGAAUGAGAGGUCCUCCUCUAGAUGAAGAUUUGGAACGAGGGCCUGGUAAAAGGGUGCCAUCCCGUUUUGAACAACCACCUCGCGGUUCACCUUCUCUUACUGUAGAAAUCAAAGGAAUUCCUCCGACAACGAGAGUUGAAGACAUUUUAGAAUUUUUUCAUGGUAUUCCCUUAGCUGCGAAUGAUAUAAGAGUCAUAGCAAAUCCUCAAGGAGCAGAAAAAGCUGUUGUUCGUUUUGUUGAUUCUUCACACGUGAAAGAAGCUUUUAGUCGAAAUAAUCGUUUCCAUGGUGGUCGUUUUGAAAUGGAUAUGUGUCCAGAUGACAUUUUUGAUUCUUUCCUGCAAAAUACAAAUCAAAGUCUGCCUCCACAGCGGCACAAACCUAAACCGAAACCACGAGAAGAAGAUUUGUGCAUACAAUUACGUGGUCUCCCUUUUCAAUGUAAAGAAGAGGAUAUUGUACUAUUUUUUGAUGGCCUACGUAUUUUAGAUUUAUUUCUAGCCAUCUCACCAGAUGGUAGAGCAGCAGGAUUCGGUUUUGUUGAAUUCGCCACUCAUGAGGACUUCCGCGCUGCAUUGGCUAUGAACGGCAAGAUGAUUGGUCAUCGAUAUAUAACAAUAUCUGUUGCGAGUAAGGAAAUGAUGGAAGUUGCUCAGGCAGAUCACGACUACGCAGGACCACCUGAAUCUGGUCCUAAAAUGAGGCCUGCGAUGCCCCCAAUGGCUAAACCUGCUAGACCCCCACCGCCUUGCAUAUCGUUGAGGGGAUUGCCUGAAACCGUUACUAACAGAGAAAUUGCAGAUUUUUUCAAUGAAGUUGGUGUAAUGCCUCGGGCCAUUCAUAUCAUGUUGACACCGGAGAAGAAGCCAUCUGGGGAUGCAUUUGCAGAGCUUGCGGGUCCUCAAGAUGUUAUGGCAGCGCUGAAAAGAGAUGGCAAUACAGUUUUAGGUAAUCCAGUUGAAGUAACGUCUAUAUCAUUUCGUGAAAUGUCUGAAAUUCUAGGCAGACCCCUGCCCCCAAUGCCUAAUCCUCCAACCCCUGGACCAUUGCUCAAAACUCCUGGUGAUGAAGACAGGCCUCGCAGGCCUUUCCAAGGACCAAAUGAUGGAAGCUUCAGGGAAAGGCCUAGAAUGGAACCUCCGCCUAGGGGUAUGAGGCCUCGCAUGGAACCACCUAUGAGGCGAAUGGAAGGGCCUGGACGCCCUCCGUUCAACAGAAUGAGAGGACAAUUUCCCCCCAGACCUUUUGGUCGUGGGGGUCCCGAUUCUCGCUUCGCACCACCACCAAGUUCCGGGAUGGCCAAAGAAUUUUCAUCUCCAGGUUGUGUGGUUUCCAUAAAUAAUCUCCAUUUUCGUGCUGGCUUAGAGGAACUAUUGGACUUUUUCCACGGAUUCAAUGUUACUAAAGACACUAUUAUUCGAAAGUAUAAUGAAAAUGGACAGGCAACAGGUGAAGCUAGAGUUGCAUUUCAGAGCCCCCGCGAAGCACAACAAGCUGUUCGGGAACUGAACCAGAAACCCAUUAUGGGAAGACAGCUGCAAUUAUCAAUAUUAUAAUAGUAUUUUUAUUGAUUACAGAGCCUUGUCAAGACUCGUUUUGUACAUAUUGUGUAUAGGAAAACUUUCAUUCAUAUUCCAUUAUAUUUAAAUUUAUAUUUGCAUUUUGUUCAGCUAUUAUAACUUGAUAGCAUGUCAAUAAUCAAAAGCUUGAUUGGCAGAUAUUCAUAGUGAGUAAGUAUCUCAGAAUAGGACUUAACAUUGAAUUGACUAAAGGAAGAUAUUUUCUGUUUGAAGCAUUUACUUUUAUAGUUAACCCCCGCCUCUCCCAAUGUUCUUGUUUCUCCUGCGUCUUUUCAACUGCAUUAAUUCAUUUAGACAGGAAGGUUUUUGAUUUUCGCUUUCGGAUUAAAGUAAAAAUCUAUAAUUUUAAACUGAAAAUUUAUUGUAAAUAUUUUCAAAGCAUACUUGAUACAAAAUAUUGCAUGUAUAUCUUUGUAAUUUUUCUAAUGAUGUACAAGUCUUAAAAUAUUUCUUUUGGAUUUGAAACUUUUUAUUAAACAGGUGAUAGAUAUUGCCUGUCUUUUAGGAUGUGGAAAAAAUUCCCAUGUUACCAAAAGUGUGAAUAAAUUCCAUUGCUG